CUCUCAGCGAUGGGGAGAGAUGCCUUUUUGACCAGACUAGCGCUGGGUCGUUCUGCAUAUGAGCUCCCAGAACGCUUCCCGGCUGGUACUCAUCAGUAUGAUAGUCGCGGGCAUCCAGUCAACCCGCAAGCGCGCGCCUUGGGCCGCGUUCUGCGCGAUGCUCAAAACGACGUCCUGGCAGCGGUUGGCGUGGUCGAGCGCAAGCGCGUAAGCCUUGCGGCGGCAACUCCGUCUCCGCCAAAAGAUCCGCUGGUUGUUAAACUGGUCGAGGCAGAGGAGUUGAGUGGUACCUCUGUGGCCGUCGUUAGCACUUUGGCAAAGUAUGCUGGACUGUGGUGGGUGUAUGCCCUGCUAGACCGUAUCUUGACCUACGAUUACCCACAAGAGCACUCUUUUACGGAUCUCCUCUGCGCUCAGUAUCGCUCAGAAGGGCCGGCCGCGUUCUUCUUCGCGGGCCUCCCCGCCCAUCUGAUCUCCAUGCUCACCAAUGAUGGAGAAAUGUGGGCUUAUUUUGCUAUUUCAACACUUGAUGAAGCUCUUCUAAGGUCAAACCUGUCAAGGGAUCGCCGAAUGUUUUAUCAUCGAUGGAGACCACGAAUCCGCAACAUUAUUUCCAUCGCGGUAGAGCUAAUAUUCGCCCCAAUUGUCCUUCAUGCAACUUCCCAGAGGUUGUUUCUCACGUCGGCAUCUCAGCUGUUACCGCCUGCACAAAUGUUCAACCCUUUUUCCGCAGGUUCCCCCUUCAUGACAUUAACUACACCUUUACACUUUUCUCUGACAGCUGCAAUAAGCUGCGUCUCCUCAACAAUCAUUUCACCAGCUAUCAUGGCCUUCGUUUGGCGGCGGGCUUUAACGCAUAUUCAGCGCCUUAUGUAUGAACCUUUGGAAAGGAACAUCUUGGCACCUGACAAUCCAGACGUGUACACGACUGAAAUCGCGGCGGACAGAAAGAAUGAUGCCCUGCCGUUAGCACCCAAAAAUUAUCCUUGGGCUGAUUGGUUCUUUGGAUGCCUGCAGUGGAAUCGGCGUGACAGUCCACGCGAUGUUACAUCUGCUGAAAUACCUGACGAGCUGUCACUCGAAGAUAGGCAUUUCAACCGUGGCCACCCUGUGCGGUCCACUGAUAUCGAAGGCCCAGAUGAGGAUGACCGACCGGGUACGCCGGUUGGACUACCCCCAAGUCCUUUCAACCCACAAACCCCACCAACACAAUCUCACACUGGCUUUCCCACACCACCGAUUUCACCUACAGAGUCUUUUAGAAAUCCGGACAAUGAAAGAGACGCGACCGUACGAAUCGCAUCUCGAGACGAGGGCUCGGGGGUCGUAAGCCUUGAGAUAGCUUUGCCGGAGGAGUUGCAAGAAAACCCGAGUGCCAGCAGGAGCGCACUUGAGGCGCGUCGGCCUCAGGAAACGCUCAAUGAACGGCAUCAUCGACGCCGCGAGCGCGAGCGCACUAAAGUGCAUCGUAUCACGCAGCUUGCCGAGGAGCCUGCAGAGAUGUUGAUGACAUGGCUCAAUUUCACAUUUUCGGACUGGAUGCUUCUGCCUCUGAGGGCAAUUGGCCUUCGCAUGCUGGCAGAGUGGUAUUUACGGUCGCUUAGUGGGAGAAGCGGCGGGCACCAAUUGCCUGCAGGGGCGCAGGCGAUUUACGGCGCAUGGCCAGCACCCUCAGCAAACAGGAGCAUGGGCGUGUACAUUGGCCGAGUGGGCUUGUGUUGUGCCCUAGAGGCAAGCGUAGGUCUCGCGGCAUGGGGGCUCGAGUGGGUGGUGGUUACGGGCAUGGGACGAAGAUAUUUUGGUUGGGGACGGCGAUGACAUAGUCAAAGGCGGAAAGAACUAUAAAGAACAAAAUAAAAAAUGCAUGUAUUCCCAUCAUCGACGCCUCCCUCCCAUCGCCAUCACUUAAGACGACCCAUCGAGAGGAAAGCUUCCUAUCCGGGAAGGACAGUUUAUCUCCAGAGCCACAUCGCAAAAGCGACUGGCAACACUGCCCGCUGUGGA